GUUUAGGCAUUCGUAUUCGCCAUGGUAUAAAAAUAUCGCAGCUUUUAUGACGCCAUAAUACGAAUAAAAUAUACUCAAAAAUGAAGUGAAAUUGAAAUUCAGCAUAUUGUUCAGGAAUCGUUUCAAACGUAUAAUCUUGAUCAAAAAUGGAAAUAAAUACCGAAAAAGGAGAGAAGAAUAAAAGAGGCGGAAAGAAAUGGAAGAAUUUCAAAACCUUCGUGCAGAUGGUGUUUUGUUUGACAUGUAUUUUUCCGAAAAAAUCUAAAACAAGGAGAAGAGGAGAGGACCCAGCGGAAUGCCAGGUCCUAAUCAAGGGAGGUGUCGGAAAAAAUAUCACGGAAGAAUUAUUGAAUACUUCUUCCAAGGAUGCAUAUAUUGAUGAUAAGAAAGCAGAUGUCAUUAUAGAAUCAGUUGAGAAAGCACCACCAGGUCCCGUAACAAGAGUUCUUCAGACUGGAGGCGACUUUCUUCUGGAGCUUGAAGCCCAGAAUUUAGUACAAACUGCUUUAUACCUUGCCAAAAAGGACUUCAUGCUGACUGUUGAUGAAAAGGACAUACUGCUGCAAGAAAAGGCGAAAGUCAUUGUCGACGAAGCAAUUCAAGCGGCUAUGAACUAUGUCGUCGCAAACCCCGUUGGGAAAGAAUCGGACACUGACAAGGACAAAUGACAAUUCAACUUAUUUUGUUGUUUUUAUUAUAUAUUGUAUAUAUAUAUAUAUUUUUCAUAAUAAAAUUUCAAAAUCUCAGAUGUCGG